AUCACGAUUCAGAUCUUAUCUUACUGACUUCAAACAUGGCAGCCAUGCGAUUUAUAGUUUUUAUUUUGAUUUCCGUGAUAGCCGUCACAAAUGCUGGUUUGUGUUUUGAUAAGGAUAUUGCCUUGUGUAAUCUGAUGGCAAAUGCUGAUCCAAAUAUGUGCAACGAUCCAUGUAUGGCAAAGUUAUGUACCAGAUUCUGUGGACAAUGUCCAUUGAUUUGUCACAGUUGUCACGAGGUAGCCGAUGCAUCGAGCUGUAGACCAAUAAUACAAUGCAACUCCAGUAAUGAGUAUUGUUUUACAGUCCAAACAUUCAACGAUCAUUUUGAAGAAACAUUCAAACUUGGAUGUGCAUCAAAGCAUACAUGUUUACAAUACUCCUCUAUUUCUCACACCAAGAGAGUAAGUAUCGAUGCAGGAUGCUGUAACACUGACCAAUGUAACAAUAAACCCCCAUCGUUACUUAAUAUUGGAAAUGAUACGAAGUCACCAGACGGAGGUGAAUUAAGGAAUAGGACACUAUGUGAGAAUCUUGCUGAUGAUGUCUGUGCCAGAAUAGCCACAGUUAUACCAAACAUGUGUUCUGACAGCUGUAUAGCUAAUAACAUAUGUCCACAUGCAUGCGGAAAGUGUUACAACUGCCUGUCAUGUGAUGAGAUCGAAUCUCCAGACAAAUGUAAUACUACAACGGAAUGUAAUGAUGGCAAGGAAUGCUUUCUAAUGGAGGUACUUACACAUGAUUUCAAACCAGCAGUUAGAUUAGGAUGCAUGGAAAAAAUGACUUGUCAGAAAUUCCACAACUCAGUGACCGAUGUGUUCGGAAAGCGCCAGUCCUUCACACUUCAGGGAAGAUGUUGUAUUGGAGAAAAAUGCAAUUCAAACAUAACAUCAGCAAUAAACCUGACACCCACUCAAACUUCAGGAUAGUACAACUCAUUCCAUUAGACACAGUAUGAUUAACUCAAAUCUUUAAACGAAUAUCAAGUUCAAAGUGUGAU